AUGCAAGAAUACACCGUUGUGAUUGUUGGCGGUGGUCCUUCUGGCCUAGUCGUGCGACACCUAGCAAUUUCAGCUUUACUAACCCAAAACUCCAUCUCUCAUGUUAUUCUUGAAAAAGAAGAGUGCAAUGCUUCUCUUUGGAGGAAAAAUGCUUAUGAUCGCUUAAACCUUCACUUAGCUAGUGAGUUUUGCUCUUUACCUCUCAUGCCACACCCAUCCUCUGGCCCAACAUACCUAACCAAAGACCAAUUUCUUCAAUACAUAGAUAAAUAUGUCGAUCAUUUUGACAUAAAACCUCGUUAUUAUCGCGUCGUUGAGUCUGCUAAGUAUGAUGACGUUAGAAACAAAUGGACGGUUGAAGCACAAAACACCGUAGAAGGUACAUUGGAAGUUUAUGGGGCAAAGUUUCUUGUGAUUGCCUCAGGCGAAAAUAAUGAAGGUUUUAUUCCUAAUGUGACUGGAUUAGGGCAAUUUGAAGGAGAGGUGGUACACUCCAAGUACUACAAAUCUGGAAAAAAUUAUAAAUCAAAAGAUGUUUUGGUUGUUGGGUGUGGUAACUCGGGAAUGGAGAUUGCAUACGAUCUCCAUAACUGGGGUGUUAGCACUUCCAUUGUUAUUCGAAAUCCGCUUCAUGUCUUCACCAGAGAUAUGAUUCGUACAGGGAUGCACUUGGUGCAAUAUUUACCUGUUUAUAUUGCAGAUACAAUCAUUACACUUCAUGCAAAAUUCAAGUAUGGUGAUCUGUCCAAAUACGGGAUUUAUCGUCCUAAAGAAGGACCAUUAUAUCUCAAAAACAUUACAGGAAAAUCUGCUGUUAUUGAUGUUGGAACCAUUGAAAAAAUUAAGGAAGGAGCUAUAAAGGUUGUACCUUCGGGUAUAAAGAAAAUUGUGAAGAAGAAUGUUAUCUUUGAAAACAACAUGGAGAAAGAGUUUGAUGCCAUUGUUUUUGCUACCGGCUACAAAAGCGUAGCUAAUGGAUGGCUUAAGGAUUACAAAUAUGCUCUUAAUGAGAAAGGAUUUCCUAAAAAUCCUUUUCCAAAACAUUGGAAGGGAGAACGUGGAUUGUACUGUGCGGGACUAGCAAGAAAAGGUUUGUUUGGGGUAAAAAAGGAUGCUGAGGCAAUUGCAGAAGAUAUCAACCAAACUCUUAAGUUGGAGAAUUAA